AUGGAUAUACAUGUUUGGAGAGACAACUGGUUACCCACAGAGCCUCCUCGUCCUCUAUGUCCCAGGCAAGACACUGUUCCUCCCAAUUUCUAUGUAGCUGAUUUUAUUAAUCCUCGAACUUCUCACUGGGACUAUCAAAAGUUGACUACAUUUGUGGAUUCUGACGACAUAGCAAAUAUUAUGCAAUUGCGUCCAAGCGUAUCCUCUGCCAAUGAUGUUCUUACCUGGGCCUACACAAAUCAAGGGGGAUACUCAGUUAAGUCUGGAUAUUAUAUCCAAAGACAAACAUUAAAUCAUCUACUCUUUCAAUGUCAAGUCACCAAAGAGAUUUGGGAGUUAGCCACCUCUGUAAUAAUGCAAACUGAGCUCCUUACUCAAAAUACGUUGCUGCAAAAUUUAAACUUAAGGAUAACUCAAUUGCAACCUCACCAUGCUGAAACACUUGUGUUUUUUCUAGGAUGGCGUAUCUGGAAAAUGCGUAACAAAUUGUUCUUUGAACACAAGAGAGAUCACAUCACUCAUUCUAUAAGGAUGGCUUUCUUAGACAAACAGCAAUGGGAGGACUCGCUUCAUUCGGAGUCGCCUGUUACAGAAAAUGUAUCUUCGUCUGAAGCUACCUUAAUUACCGAUGUUAUUGGAGACAGUUCUACCUAUUACUGCUUAGUUGAUGCGUCUUGGGUAUUAUCUUCAAAUAGAGCAGGAAUUGGAUGGUCCUUAUAUAGCAAAGAAGGCAUUCAAUUGCUCCAAAGUAAUGCAUCUAUACCACAGACGCAAACAUUUAUUCAGGCCGAAGGAAUAGCUUUACUUAUGGCUAUUCAACGUCUUCAGGUAAUUGCAAAGUCUUAUAUGAUAUCCUUGCUUCUCACAGUGGAGGACAACAGCUCAAUGGCACACCAUUCUCUUCAGCCUCCAUUGCAAUUCUCCUACAAGAUAUCUUAUCUCUCUCCUCUACAUCGUCUUUUCACUUUAAAUAUGUUUCACGAAAUUUACUACAUGAAGUCGAUAAGUUGGCCAAGGAAGCUAGACGGCAUUGUAAAGAGUACGGUGUUACGUGGUUCUUGUAACUUGUACGCCUUGUUCUAUUAA